UCCAUGCGGGCACACAAUCAGAGGAUGAGGAGUGGAUGAGGGUGAGGGUGUAUAGUAGUGGAAAGAAUGGGACCGAGCCCAUACGUCUGUCUCUCCACACCACAGACACUGUGAACGCUGCAGCAUCCCAACAUCACCAGACAUGCGCAAGAGCGUCAGCAGCAGCAGCAGCAGCAGCAGAAACACCACCACCACCACCACCACUACUGCUCUGCUGCGUUUCCGCCUUGGCUGAGCGGCGCACACAGCCGAGAGGGGAGGGGAGGGAAGCCGAGGAGGAGAAGAAGAAGAAGAGGAGAGAGGAGAGAGGAGCCACCGAGACGCAGUGGGGCACAGCACCGAGCAUAUUAUAACACCGACGCACCAAACAUUUACGCGUCGAGAAGCUGACCUGUGCGGUGCGCGCCACGGAGAGCCUUCAUUACCUUCCUCAGCCAUGGAGACUGCGCUAAAGGACAGCCACUGAAAUUCUGGACAAAAUGAAGAAGUUCAACAUCAGGAAGGUGCUGGACGGCUUGAAGGAGGUGUCCUCCUCCACUCCGUCUGUCCAAGUGGGACCACAGGAGAACCAUCUGAUCCAGGAGACACUCCAGUCCGAGCAUUUCCAGCUCUGCAAGACCGUCCGUCAUGGCUUCCCUUACCAACCGUCGUCCAUGGCUUUCGACCCCGUGCAGAAGAUACUGGCCAUCGGCACCCAGAGUGGAGCACUCAGAUUGUUUGGUCGUCCAGGCGUGGAGUGUUACUGUCAGCACGAGACUGGAGCGGCCGUCAUCCAGCUACAGUUCCUCAUCAAUGAGGGAGCGUUGGUGAGCGCUCUGGCUGAUGACAGCGUUCACCUGUGGAACCUGAGGCAGAAGAGACCGGCCAUCCUCCACUCCCUCAAGUUCAGCAAAGAGAGAAUAACUUUCUGCCACCUGCCCUUCCAGAGUAAAUGGUUGUACAUCGGCACAGAACGAGGGAACAUCCACCUCGUCAACGUGGAGUCCUUCAUGCUCUCAGGCUACGUCAUCAUGUGGAACAAAGCCAUUGAACUGUCCUCCAAGGCUCACCCUGGACCAGUCGUCCACAUAAGUGACAACCCCAUGGACGAGGGAAAGCUUAUAAUUGGAUUUGAGUCUGGGAUCGUGGUCCUGUGGGAUCUGAAAUCAAAGAAGGCCGAAAAUCGCUACACUUACGAUGAGGCGAUCCACUCAGUUGCCUGGCAUCACGAGGGCAAGCAGUUCAUUUGCAGUCACUCAGAUGGAACUCUGACCAUAUGGAACAUCAGAGGCCAGGGCAAGCCCAUACAGACAAUCACCCCACACGGAAAACAGCCCAAGGACGGGAAGAAGCCAGAGCCUUGUAAACCCAUUCUCAAAGUGGAGUACAAAACCACUAGAAUUGGAGAGCCCUUCAUAAUCCUGUCUGGUGGUCUGUCCUACGACACGGUGGGCCGGCGGCCAUGCUUGACAGUAAUGCACGGGAAGAGUACCGCCGUGCUGGAGAUGGACUAUCCUAUAGUAGACUUCCUCACACUCUGUGAGACACCGUACCCUAACGAUUUUCAGGAACCUUACGCUGUGGUGGUCCUUCUAGAAAAGGAUUUAGUGGUGAUCGACCUUGCACAAAAUGGUUACCCCAUAUUCGAGAACCCCUAUCCUCUGACUAUCCACGAGUCUCCUGUGACCUGCUGCGAGUACUUUGCCGACUGCCCUGUGGACCUCAUACCUGCACUUUACUCUGUCGGCUCGCGGCAGAAACGACAGGGCUACAGCAAAAAGGAAUGGCCUAUUAGUGGUGGAAACUGGGGUCAAGGCACACAGAGCUACCCAGAGAUCAUCAUCACUGGGCACGCUGAUGGAACUGUGAAGUUCUGGGAUGCCUCUGCAAUAAUGCUCCAGGUGCUCUAUAAGCUCAAAACAGCCAAGGUGUUUGACAGGAACCGGUCCAAGGAGGACAAGGGAAGCACCGAGGCGUCAGACGAAGACCCGUUCGCCAUCCAGACCAUGGCCUGGUGCCCUGAGAGCCGGAUGCUGUGUGUGGCCGGGGUGUCAGCCAACCUUAUCAUCUACCGCUUCAGCAAGCUGGAAGUAACUACUGAGGUGGUGCAGUUAUUAGAGGUGCGAAUGCAGUACGAGCUGAACGACAUAGAAUCUCCAGACGGCGUGGGCGGAGGGGGAGAGCAGACAUCGGCGCUCCCCACCCCCGGUGCCUCCCCUCAGACGAGCGGCCCACCUUCACACCCCUCCACCAGCAGCAACAACUCCGACGGAGGCAACAUGCCCUGCCUCAAACUGCGCAGCACUCCUCUGAAGCAGUCUGCAGGUUACCAGGUAGAUCUGGUGGUCCAGUUAGUGUGGGUGAGCGGAGAGCCUCCGCAGCAGAUCACAAGUCUGGCGCUCAAUUCCUCCUACGGCCUCGUGGUGUUUGGCAACAGUAACGGUCUGGCGGUGGUGGACUACGUCCAGAAGACGGUGGUGCUCAACUUGGGGACGGUCGAGCUUUACGGCUCCAAUGACCCCUACCAGAGGCAGCCCCGCUCGCCAAGAAAGACACGACAGCCCUCUGGAGGUCUGUGCGACAUCAACGAGGGCUCAGCCACAUCAGAGGACCGCUGCAAGUCCCCGACUUCAGUGUUGAUGUCAAACAGCAAUCUACAGCAAUUCUACAAUGGAGGUGGUAGAGGAGCAAAGCUGUCACGGAAAUUAAGCUUGCCUACUGAGCUAAAGCCAGACUUGGUCCUCCUGUCUGUAUGCCCGCCGCGGGGUGCCAACCCAUUAGACCAUCGGGACAAUUCCUUCAGCCGCUCGCGCUCCUCCAGCGUCACCAGCAUCGACAAGGAAGCACGAGAGGCCAUCAGCUCCUUCCACUUCAGCGAGACCUUCGCCCGGAAGGGAGACAGCACUUUGACGCCCUGCCUGUACGUGGGCACCACUCUGGGCACCGUGCUGGCUCUCGCUCUCACGUUGCCACCUGCUGGGGAGCAACGUCAACUGCAGCCGGUUAUCGCUUCACCCACAGGCAUGUUGGUGCGGCUGAAGGGCAGCGUCAUGCGGAUGGCUUUCCUGGACUCGACAGGUUCCAUGCAGCCCGCUCCGUUCGAGCAGUGGUUCGAACCCAACGUCACAGCAGAUGGCGAAGAAAGAGAGAAGGUCCGUAAGCGCCGGCCCGUCUCGGUGUCCCCGUCCACCUCCCAGGACCUCAACGAGAGCCAGUACGCCGUGGUGUGUUCAGAGAAACAGGCCAAAGUCCUCGCCCUCCCCUCCCAGACCUGCAUCUAUAAACACAGCAUCACAGAGGCCUCCUUCAUCCUCCGGGCAGAUGUGGUGCAGAUGAGCCAAGGCGCCUGUCUGGCGUGUUUCUGUGCCAACGGCCACAUCAUGACCCUCAGUGUGCCGGGACUGAGACCGCUCAUGGAUGUAAACUACCUGCCUUUGACAGACAUGCGGAUAGCGAGGACGUUCUGCUUCACCAACCUGGGUCAGGCCAUGUACCUCUGCUCUCCCACCGAGGCCCAGAGGAUCACCUACAGCCAGGACACCUGUGAAAACCUACAGGAGAUGCUGGGUGAACUUUUUACACCAGUGGAGACACCAGAGGCCCCCAACAGAGGGUUCUUCAAAGGCCUCUUUGGUGGAGGAGCACAGUCGCUGGACCGAGAGGAGCUAUUCGGUGAGAUAUCAGCUGGAAAAGCAUCCCGAAGUCUGGCCCAGCACAUGCCAGGACCGGGCGGCAUCGAGGGCAUGAAGGGGGCGGCGUCCGGUGUGGUCGGAGAUCUGGCACGCGCCCGGAUAGCGCUGGACGAGAGAGGCCAGAAACUGGGCGAGCUGGAUGAGAGGACAGCCGCCAUGAUGGCCAGCGCAGACUCCUUUUCCAGUCACGCCCACCAGAUGAUGCUGAAGUGCAAAGACAAAAAAUGGUACCAGUUCUGAUCAGUGACGGGGGAGGAGCAGAGCUCCAUGGACACAACUACUGUCACCUUCCAUCGGCUCAUUUGGACUCACCGUGACGCCCCCCACCCAUCCGUCUGUCCAUUCAUCCAUCCCUCCAAGCCUUUUUCUUCACGGGGACACUUGGGAUUUUCUUCCCUAGCACAAUGUUGAAUACUGUUCUUACCUCAGUCUUCGGGUGGAACUGAGGAGUAGACAGGGGGAGAAGGACAACCUCAGAGGGUGUCUUUUUUUCAUGUUUUUGUCUCUUUGUUUAUCUCUGUUCAACUUCUCCUCCGAGGUCGCCAAUUGGCCCACGCACCUGGAGAUUCUUCAUUCUCAUUUGCCAAAAUGUCCUUUACUGUUGUCUCUCGCUCCGAGCCCAUCGGGGCCAGUAUUCAAAACCGACGAACAUAACUGAAAAAAAAAAGACAAACACCUAAUGAAGAAACAGACUAUAAAAAAUUCUUAAAAAUGUAUAAAGAAGGGAAAAAGAAUCUAAAUACAUCAUUAUAUAUACAUAAAUCUAAUAAAUGUGCAACGCUGUAUCGACUUCCGAGUGACAAGUACAAAAGGAAAGGGAUCGAGGAGUGUGAAGGGCGAAAGACGGCGGCGCUGGGAGAGCCACAGGAAGUGCUGCGACAGCGACGCCUCCUCUAUGCAGAGAGUCGCGGGGGAUUAAAGCAACUUAUUCUGAUGUACACUGGAUAUUUCGUCAUCUCGCUCAACCUCUAGACUCUCCUCUGUAUCUUACAGACUUUCAUAUCGUUACCAACAGUGUGUGUGUGUGUUAAUUUCUAUUUUUCUUGCCAUUCCUCUCUUUGUUAUUCGUUGGGUUUUUUGCUCUGUCUGUAUUAUCGGAAAAUCUCUUAUUUUUCUAUUGUUGUGAAAGUGGAUGAUAUUUGAUUUGUUGAAAAAAAUACGUUUUGUGGCUUUUAUCUAACAAACUCCAAUUAAUUUCUCCUUAUGAAAAGGGCUGGAAUCUAAAAAAGGAGGGCAAGGAUAUAAAAGGCAUAUAUCAUUUAGUACUCACUCACAUGGCAACAUCCGAUUUCUUCACUCUGAAAUCAAGUGCGUAUGAACCACACAUGUUUAUUGUUUACCCGUGGGUUUCAUUUAUCGACCUGUCUGAUGUGAACUGCCUCCCUCACCCCUCUUAAUGUCAUACGCUUCCACGGUUUGGCUUUGAGUGUGACUGUACAAAUGCUGAUGAGAUCAGUGUUAAAUACACUUUUAGUCGAGCCAGAUUUGGUGGCGUUUCCAAAUCACUACGGCGAUCACAUGCACAUGAGUAGAAAACCCUAUUUUAUGUGUAUUCAUAUAUGCAGGAUAAUAGAAAUACGGACCUUUAAAGGCAUACAUUUCAAACACAUUUCAGGUUUUGCUGACAGUUGUCUGUAUGAGAAAGUUGCCUGUGUUAAUAUUUAUUUAUUGAGGUGCGAGAGGCGGUUGUGUUUGGUGUCAGAAACAUUCACCCUUCAUUAUUAUCUUUCCAUAUUUGCAGCAAAUGCGGUGUAUCUCUCUGUCUACCAGGCUUUUAACCUUUAUUUGUAUAUAAGUAAAUAGUUUGACAAUCUUAAGACCAACUGGAAAGUAAAUGUCGAGGUUGCUCAAGCAACAGAAGAGGAGAGAGGCCAUAUUUUUUCUGACGCCAAAGAGUUGCUUUAGCUUUUCCAUUGCAUUAUCAUUUGGCUCCACCAGACAGUAUACGGUAAUAUGUGUCAGAACCCAGGAUCAGGUCCAUUUAGGAAUGUCAUCAUGUUCAUCAUUAAGAAAUAGAGCAAGUUGCAAUGGAACUCAGCCAUUUAUAGUAGUAUUGUUUCACAAUAUGUCAUAAUAAUGUAACAUCUGGACUAAUGUUUGAAGUGGCCUAACUGUUGGUUGAUACGGCUGUUUUCCUUUAAAACAAAAAACCUGAACCAUUCCACUACAGCUCAGACACAAUAUUUACGGUAUUCAUCUGUGUGUGUGUGUGUGUGAGAAUGUGUGUGUCAGGCUCAUGUCAAUUUUGGUUGUUUAAUAAUUGAUGUCCUAGUCUCCACCAGUCAGCUGUCCACGUCCAGUCGAGUGUCUGUCACACUAACUGAAGCCACCAAUGACGAUAAAAAGAUACCAAUAGGAUACUGAGCGUUAGAGGAUGACCUCUAAAUUCUGGUUUAAUUCUAACUGGCGCAUGUUUGGUCUUUGCACACAUGCUUCCACUCUCCUUCACUUCAAGUCUUUGCCUUCCUCUCUUCCUCCAGCGAGUCCUCUCUUGGUUCCACAGCGACAGAUAUUGCCUUCUCUGUGUUUAGUCAGCAUCGUAGUGUGGAUGUUGGUAUAGGUAGCUCUGUCUUAAAAACCCCCAAAAGUGAAGAAGAGGAAAAAACAACUUCAGGAAAAAUAACUAGUUUUAGCUAGAGGUCAUCCCCGGAAACAAUGUUCAGUGUCUCUCCCUCCGACCCAACUGUUAUUUGUGUGUUUUUUCUUUUUGUCAAUGUUAUACUUUUUUCCAUCUUUGAGUGAUUUCUUUCUUUUCCAUACACUACAGUAUGCAGUAUUCUCACCCCCGAUACAAUCCACACGCUCGAGCAACAAGAGGGAGUCCUGUCUAUCUGCCAUAUGCCAUCUUCUGUCCUGGAUUCAACAGUUAUCAGUGGGUUGCAGUAUUUUUCUCAUUGUAGCCAAUUUUCUUGUACAGUUUUAUGCAACUUUCACAUGGAUGUUUAUGACUUUAUCUGCUGCCACAAAAAUUUAGAAAUUCUGUAGAUAGAGAUUACUGUGCAAUGGAAAAUAAAAGUGGAAAAUGUA